AUGUGGACGCUCUAUAUCACGCAGCAACAGGUGUGUGGAGCCACAACCAGUCAGGUGUGGACGCUCUAUAUCACGCAGCAACAGGUGUGUGGAGCCACAACCAGUCAGGUGUGGAGGCUCUAUAUCACGCAGCAACAGGUGUGUGGCACACAACCAGUCAGGUGUGGAGGCUCUAUAUCACGCAGCAACAGGUGUGUGGCACACAACCAGUCAGGUGUGGAGGCUCUAUAUCACGCAGCAACAGGUGUGUGGCACACAACCAGUCAGGUGUGGAGGCUCUAUAUCACGCAGCAACAGGUGUGUGGAGCCACAACCAGUCAGAUGUGGACGCUCUAUAUCACGCAGCAACAGGUGUGUGGAGCCACAACCAGUCAGGUGUGGACGCUCUAUAUCACGCAGCAACAGGUGUGUGGAGCCACAACCAGUCAGGUGUGGAGGCUCUAUAUCACGCAGCAACAGGAGACACUCACCAACAACGAGAGAGUGCAGGACACACUCACCAACAACGAGAGAGUGCAGGACACACUCACUAACAACGAGAGAGUGCAGGACACACUCACCAACAACGAGAGAGUGCAGGACACACUCACCAACAACGAGAGAGUGCAGGACACACUCACCAACAACGAGAGAGUGCAGGACACACUCACCAACAACGAGAGAGUGCAGGAGACACUCACCAACAACGAGAGAGUGCAGGACACACUCACCAACAACGAGAGAGUGCAGGACACACUCACCAACAACGAGAGAGUGCAGGAGACACUCACCAACAACGAGAGAGUGCAGGACACACUCACCAACAACGAGAGAGUGCAGGACACACUCACCAACAACGUGAGAGUGCAGGACACACUCACCAACAACGAGAGAGUGCAGGACACACUCACCAACAACGUGAGAGUGCUGGAGACACUCACCAACAACGAGAGAGUGCAGGACACACUCACCAACAACGAGAGAGUGCAGGAGACACUCACCAACAACGAGAGAGUGCAGGACACACUCACCAACAACGAGAGAGUGCAGGACACACUCACCAACAACGAGAGAGUGCAGGACACACUCACCAACAACGAGAGAGUGCAGGACACACUCACCAACAACGUGAGAGUGCUGGAGACACUCACCAACAACGAGAGAGUGCAGGACACACUCACCAACAACGAGAGAGUGCAGGAGACACUCACCAACAACGAGAGAGUGCAGGAGACACUCACCAACAACGAGAGAGUGCAGGACACACUCACCAACAACGAGAGAGUGCAGGACACACUCACCAACAACGAGAGAGUGCAGGACACACUCACCAACAACGAGAGAGUGCAGGACACACUCACCAACAACGAGAGAGUGCAGGACACACUCACUAACAACGAGAACGUCCGGAGGGAGUUGUCCCGGCUUCCUGAAGCCUUCCACGAGAGGCCCUCCACGAGAGGCCCUCCACAAGAGGCCCUCCACACGUGGUCCUCCACAAAAGGCCCUCAACACGUAAUCCUCCACACGUGGUCCUCCACACGUGGUCCUCCACACGUGGUCCUCCACAAAAGGCCCUCCACACGUGGUCCUCCACAAGAGGCCCUCCACACGUGGUCCUCCACACGUGGUCCUCCACACGUGGUCCUCCACAAAAGGCCCUCAACACGUAAUCCUCCACACGUGGUCCUCCACACGUGGUCCUCCACAAAAGGCCCUCAACACGUAAUCCUCCACACGUGGUCCUCCACACGUGGUCCUCCACAAAAGGCCCUCCACACGUGGUCCUCCACACGUGGUCCUCCACACGUGGUCCUCCAGAAAAGGCCCUCAACACGUAAUCCUCCACACGUGGUCCUCCACAAGAGGCCCUCCACACGUGGUCCUCCACAAGAGGCCCUCCACACGUGGUCCUCCACAAGAGGCCCUCCACACGUGGUCCUCCACACGUGGUCCUCCACACGUGGUCCUCCACAAGAGGCCCUCCACACGUGGUCCUCCACAAGAGGCCCUCCACACGUGGUCCUCCACAAGAGGCCCUCCACACGUGGUCCUCCACAAGAGGCCCUCCACACGUGGUCCUCCACAAGAUGCCCUCCACACGUGGUCCUCCACAAGAUGCCCUCCACACGUGGUCCUCCACACGUGGUCCUCCACACGUGGUCCUCCACAAGAGGCCCUCCACACGUGGUCCUCCACAAGAGGCCCUCCACACGUGGUCCUCCACAAGAGGCCCUCCACACGUGGUCCUCCACACGUGGUCCUCCACACGUGGUCCUCCACAAGAGGCCCUCCACACGUGGUCCUCCACACGUGGUCCUCCACAAGAGGCCCUCCACACGUGGUCCUCCACAAGAGGCCCUCCACACGUGGUCCUCCACACGUGGUCCUCCACACGUGGUCCUCCACAAGAGGCCCUCCACACGUGGUCCUCCACAAGAGGCCCUCCACACGUGGUCCUCCACAAGAGGCCCUCCACACGUGGUCCUCCACAAGAGGCCCUUCCGACGCACGUCGUCCCCUUGA